AUGUCUAGGAGAUCAUUUACGCCCACCCUCUCAGGACUGGGUCUCAGCUCCUCUUCAAGAGCAAAUUUUAAGAUUCCAAUAUUCAUCAAAAGAUUUUUCAAACCACCUACAUUGGAUUUUGAGACUGCCAUGUGGGAAAUUUUCUAUUUGAUUGUUUCUCCAAAAAGGGUCUACAGAUCAUUAUAUUACCACAAGCAAACGAAAAACAGAUGGGCAAGAGAUGACCCUUCAUUUGUAAUAUUAUUAGCAUUGUUUUUGACACUGAGUGCCAUAGCUUGGGGUGUUGCAUAUUCACCAAGUUUUGUGUCCAUAUUAAAGUUGAUUCUAUAUAUGGUUUUCAUUGAUUUCUUUGUUGUCGGGGCCAUUGUUGCAACAAUAGGUUGGGUUUUAGCCAAUAAUUUCUUCAAAAAGAGAAAUUCAUAUGGUGAUUCUACAAUUGGAGCUGUCACUGAAGGUGAUUUAGAAUGGGCUUAUUGUUUUGACGUUCAUUGCAAUUCCUUUUUGGUGAUUUGGGUGCUACUUUAUAUGGUUCAAUUCAUUCUAUUACCUUUGUUAACAAUGAAUAACUGGUUUGGUCUCUUUUUGGGGAAUACUUUAUAUUUUGUCAGUUUGAGUUAUUAUUUUGUGAUAACUUUUUAUGGUUACAAUGCAUUACCAUUUUUGGAACAUACUCAACUUGUUUUAUUCCCAAUUGGUAUCUUUUCAAUCCUUUACUUUGUCAGUCUUUUUGGAUUCAAUAUUGCAAAAACCAUGACAAACAGUUACUUUAGCUGA